AUUAGUUUCUAUUCUAGGUAUGAAAACUGGAACCAUAAACUAUUGAAGACAAACUCUUUGAAUCUAUACAUGGACGCCCUAGAAGAAAUUGAUGCUGGGAACUAUACUUGCAUGGCUAGCUUACCAUCUACCAAUGUCACCCUUCAGAAACAUUUCUUCCUGAAAAUUAAUAAUAGAAAAGGUCAUUGCGGUAAAAACCAUUUUUCAUGUAACUCAGAAACAUGUAUUCAUCAAAGAUAUGUUUGUGAUGGAAGGCUAGACUGUGCUGAUGGGGAGGAUGAAUCUGAACGAAAUUGUGGGACGUCGCCUUGUCAAGGAAAGCUAACAUGUGAUGGAAGAUGUAUUCCAGUUUCAUGGUGUUGUCAGCAGUUCAUUGAUGCUAAUUGCACAGCCACUGUCAGACUCGCUUGUUGCUCAGAAAUUCAUAAACCAUAUAUCGACAGUGACAACGGAAUAUCUUCUGCUGAUCAACAACGAUUGAAUGAUAUCCACUUUCUGCAGACCACAAUCUACAUUGUCAUCGGUAGUGCAAUCGCUUUUAUGCUGGUAGUUACCAUAUUGGUUGUUACAAUAUGCAGGACUCACAUGAAGCGAACGGUUCUUAGUGCUCGGUAUCCAGUUACUGAUAGACGUAGUCGGCCUAACAAUGUGAAUAACCAACUGCGUUAUCCAUAUCAUCUACGGAAUCCUCUCAGUCUCCACCACCGUCUAGAAACCGAGAUUUAUGACUUGGACUUGUACCUCAACCGUUCAUCAGGCUUGAACUGCCUUGUAACUUACAACAUAAAUAAUGGAGUACAAUUUGUGGGACAUCCUGUGGAGCCUCCACCCUACUCUGAGGUAAUUUCGUUGCCUCCUCGCGAAGGUCCACCUCCUCCCUAUGUCUCGAGGGAAAAUGUUUGUAGACAAGGACAAACAGAGAGUGACGCACUAUUGGAGAAUGCUAGUGCUGCACCAUCCAACCAGGAGAGGAAUGUUGAAAGUAGUGAUGAAACGUACUUCUGGCCCAGAAUCGCAGUCAGGAGAUGCUCAUCCAGUGAUGAUACACUAUCUGAAGAAAAUCGAACCGUAAGGCCUAGCGAUAGUAGUGAUUCUUCUGAUAAUCCAAUGCCGAAUUCUGGUUAAAAAUGUUAGAUAAAAUCUAAAUUUGUAAGCCAUUCCACCACCACAAAUUUCUAUGACCACAACAUACCGUAAGGGAAUUUAUUUUUCACAUAACAUGACCACAUUAUUGUUGUAUUGAAUGUAUUACCUGUUGUUAACCUGUACUGAAACAUGUAAAUCCAAAUUUUUAUUGAAACAUAAUGGUACGUACAUGUCACAGAGACAAGUAGUGCUUUUAAACUAAAUAGUAAAUAAUAGAGCUUAAAUACUGUAGUAGUCUCAUACAGACAAAGUUCCGUACAAACAAGUAGUUUUAAAAGAGACGGUCUCACACAAGUUCUCACUCGAACAAGUAGACAAGUAGAGUCUCAUUCGAACAAGUAGAGUCCAACUCGAAAAGUAGAGUCCAACUAGAAAAACUACAGUCCGACUGGAAAAGUACAGGUCAACUAGAAAAAGUACAGUCCGACUGGAAAAGUACAGUACAACUCGAAAAAUUAGAGUCCAACUCGAAGAAGUAGAAAAGUAGAAUCUCAUUCGAAUAAGUAGAGUGUUUGUAGGAACUAGUUGGCGUGGCGUGUUGCCUACAUCUCAAGAUGAAGGCAUUUCAUUUGCUCUAGUAAAUUGAAUGUCGGCUGUUUUUUAAUAAUAUAUACAUAUAUAUAUAUGUAUUAUGGUGAUGAAGUCACAUAAUAAUAUGUGUAAAUAAUGUCGUAACAUCAUUCAUAGAACUACUUGUUUCUACGAAACAUUGUCUGUAUGAAUUCUAUGCCAUUGAUGGAAACUUAUUGAGACCUAUUUUCUAAGUUACUAUUGAACCAGUCAAGGGAUUACUUUCUAGCAUGUCAGACUUAUGCGUUUUUCUGUCUAUAGAAUUGAAUGCCUUUGCCAGGUCGAGGGAUGUUAUCAGGAAACUGUUUUUGUUGCCUAUUUUUCCACUAAAGUGCCUUAUUAAUUCAAAGAACGCGUGUGAUGUGCCCCGAUCCUGUCUGAAACCAAACUGACAUUAUCAGAAAUAUUUUUUUCCUGUUCAAUAUAACUGGAUGGUUAGAUGAAUUUUGAUGCUGAACUAAGUAAGGAGAUUGGUCUGAAAUUUGAAGUUAAUGAUAACAUCAAUAUCACUAUAUAAUUUGGGUGAGUUUUGGUUGUUGGUGCUAUUAUUAUUCAAAGGCAUCUGCACUUUGAUUUGUUUUUUUUUUGCAACAUAUCGUAAUCAAAUUCUUCUAAUUUUAGUUUGAAUCUCAAUAGUUUUGAAUUAGGCUCUUUCAUAGAGAAUAUCCAUUGUAGGGGUUUGUGGUCAGUGAAUAUUUCAACUUUUCUUACAUGGUGAUAGGGGCGGAAGUACUUGGUUUCCCAAACUAUUUCCAACAGUAUUUUUUCAAUAGUUGAAAAAUUCAUUUCGGUUACAUGAAGUGUUCUACUUGCAUAUGUACAAGGCAGGUCUAUCUGUCUUUGUCCUGGCUGAGAACUGCUUCAACAGCUAAAUUGCUUGCGUCCGUCGUAAGGUUAAAUUGUUUGUCAAAAUCAGGAUAUUCUUACAAUUUUCAAAAUAUGUAAUGUAUUCUGGGUCUUUCAUAUUAAUCUUUUUGAAACAUUUAGUUUUGUUGAAUGAGUAAAAUUAUUUAUGAAUUUUCUAUAGUAUCCUUCUUUCGUGUCUGGGGGCACACAGAGUCAAAUACUACUCAAAAAUUUAGCCGCAGAAACUGCUUUGUCAUUCCCUAAAAUAAUAUCCUCCAUCUUGCGAUGUAUUUCCAUAUUUGGACAGGUCAUGAGGUGUUGAUAGUUUUGAGUGAUUGCACAUUGGCACAUUGCAUCCUCACUAUAACCCUAUCCGACCUGCAUCUAGUGUCACCUGUUCUCAAACGAUUCAGAGACUUCCAUGUAGUGUAUGGCAGAUGGAAACCGGCAGCCCCUUCCUCCACAAAGCAAGUCUUCGAACUUGUGGUGUUAUAAGCUCAUUAGUUGUUUUGAUGAAACUUUGCCGGGAUUUCAAUCUGUGUUGUUAUCACAGCCAUUGCUAUAUCUUAUGCUUUAUUUCAAGGAAUAGAGUCACCCAUCUCAAUUAAUGUGUUCUUCUCAAGUAUAGACUCUUAGACUCUUUGUUAACUAGAAUUAAAGUGAUAGUAACUCAAAAUUCAAACUUAAAGAAAUGAACUUCAAAUUAAAGGAAACUCAUGCUGGUUUCUCUUAUUAAACUUAAACCAUUAAAGUUCAAGUUCUAUGAAAACAUUAUUUUGUAGAGGUAAUUUUUAUCAUCAUUCGCAUUUUUAUCUCAUACUGAAUUAUAUAUAAUCAUGUUUGAAUAUUGAUGAAAUAUAUAACUACAGUAUUUUAAAAGCAAAUAAUGUUCACUUCCAAUAUGUCAGCAUUUUUUAUAGGACGCUCACUAGCUAUAGAUAUAAUCUACAUUGAAGUUUAUGUUCAUCAAUAACAAAUUCCUUUAUGAAGUGAAUGGACCUACAGAGGUCCUGUUUGAAAUCAAUGAAUCAACAGCUGAUUUCUAGGGCCGUUCUCUGUUAUAAAGAGUACAGCACUGAGCUGUAUUCAAAAGAUGAUUUUUCAGCCAAGUUCAAUUCAUUAACUAAACUUUAACUGAAAUCUGUAUUCAAAGAUGAAUUAAAACUGUAAUUAUUCGAAAAAUUCAAUAAAUUGUGAAUUACUAAAACAAAAUUAGAACAAUAAUUAGUCAUACAAUCAAUCAAAUUUAUUGCCUUACAAAACAAAUUUUUCCAUUGAAUACAGAUUAGAAAAUAUAAUAUUCUUAGAACUAGAAAUAUUAUUUUUCAAAUAAUUUAUAUUAAUUUGGCAACACGAACAAAAUCAUAGUUUGAGGAGUGCUGAUGACUAGUAACAAAACUGAAAAACUAUUAUAUUACUUUCUAAAGAAAAAUUAUAUUGUAACACAUUAGGCUAAACUAUAAUGUUAUAACUAUACAAUUCAACCAUGUAACAGUAGUGAAAAUCUAUAUUAAUAAUGUCAACUUGAAACUGGACGCUGUACGUUAAUGUAAUCAACAAAGAAAUCGUGAAAAGUGAUCUCGCUAUCAUGGAAGUGAAUGUUGCAGACAUCAAAAACUCUCUUCAUUGUCGACCUUUCAACCAAGUCAGCUCAACUCUCUAAAAUCAGACAAAUUUGUUGCUUGGCUUCCAACAUUCAAUAAUGAUGCUCAAAAAUCAACUAGUCUACCAUCCCAGAACCAUAAUAUACAAUCAAUGUGCAGUCAUAUCAUAGGAGAAAGUUGAAGCACCUAAUAUAUAUGUCGACUCUCAUGGAAUGCCUCAUAUGAAGUACAUUGUGUUGAGAAGGCUAUCUUAUGUAAAGGUAUUGAGAGAUCGAGGAAAUGCCACUCGGUAGACUGAAUGGACUCGGUGAGACCGGAUACACUGGACGAAGACCUUCAAUCGGUAGUAGCGAAGGGCAGGGACGGUGGUCAAUGGGCCAGUGAUUCAACUCUGCAUUGUACUUCUACUUCCAAACCAUCUAGACCAGAUGGAAUCAUCCAAACAUGAAUUCAGCAAAGCAUCCGCCUGCAGUGCAAUUAACCGAAUCAGCAAUUAACAGACAUGCGCAGUGAGAGGUCGGCAGACUUCUCCAGAAACUUCUGCUGAUUUGAACGAACGUGAAAGCUGCUGCAGAAGCGAAUGAGAACCAGUGUGGGUGAAGAAAAUUGCUGCAAAUCCAUCUCCACGAUAGAAGCUUUCAAUUCUCUGCCAAGUGAGAUAGUAUUUAGAGCCACUAAAGGGUGCAAUUAAAAGUAUUUAAUAGACACAACCCCCAAUAGCAAACUGGUCGAAGACCUCACAAAAUAAUUCAAUCGGUAGUAGCGACGCUUGUUGGAACGUUGUCGAGAAUCCAAGGUUCCUUACGAGUGUGUGAUGGUGUGUUCAGAUAUCUUGUUGAAAUUUUCUGAUUUCUAAGUGUUGUACUCAACAUUUUGAAUUCAUCUUCUGAUGUAGACUCACAUGUCAAAUGCUACCAAGCAUUGCUUGAUUUUGUAGCGUUUUUGGACAAGAAGAAACUAAACUAUGCAAAGAGAAUGGUGUUUAAAAAGAGGGUAGCUUCCGUUGCUCAUUACAGUUCACUGCAAAACUCCUCUUCCCGACGACAAUAAUUCAUCACAAAGACGACAGUGAUGUAGUAGCGAUUUCAGUGAUUACAAACAUGAAUAACAGUGCAAAAGAUGAAGAAAAAUUUCAAAAUUCUACAUAAAAGACACCCAUAUGGCUUUACCUGCUCCGAACUACCUGCUUUGUAUGAGACUGAAUUCAACGCUACGUUUUGUUGCCAAGAUUAUGGUUCCAAUAUAUUAUUAAAAUUGCAUCAGAACAUUCGGAAAUAUCAAGUUUUUUUCAAGAUUCGAUAAGACAAAUGACUCGUUAUUGAAGCUUCUUCAAACAUGAUUGACAAAAAACCAGGAAUUCACUUGAACGUUUUUAACCAUGAGAAAUCUUUGAAAAUAUUCUAGUAGUACAGAAAUCAACAGGGAUGGUCUUCCAAAAGGUCAGGUAUUGGAAAAUUAUCAAGAUUAUAAUAACGAACCUUUC